GCUUUUUUUUUUUCUCGAACCUUAUCAUUUUUCGCUUUCUCUUCUUCUUCUUACUUUCUUUGAUUUUUAUCCCACAUAUUUUCCAUCAUCAUCGAUUUAUACAUUAUGCCUUUAAUAGCAUUGAAUAGUUUAAAUAUCGUUGAUCUCUUGAAAAAGGAUGAAUUAGUUCCUGAUGUGUUUUUAGAAGAUGGCUUUUCGUCAUCUCCAUCCUUAUUAGAAAUCACUUAUCCCAAUGGAUCUCAAGUUGUAUUUGGGAACUCUUUAUCUCCUUUGGAUACCAAGCAGUCCCCUAUUGUACAAUUCUCACCUGAUGAUUCGUCCUCGACUCAUUAUACUCUGAUUAUGGUGGAUCCAGAUGCGCCUGCAAGACAUGAUCGUAAAUUUGGUUAUUGGAGACAUUGGGUAGUAACUAACGUGGUGCCUUCCACUACCAAUACAAUCACUAUUAGUGAUCAUCAAGGUGAACAACAUACUCCCUAUAUUGGUCCUGGUCCUGGUCCUGACACUGGCAUUCAUCGCUAUCUCUUCCUUCUUUAUAAACAAUCACAACAUCAAGACUUCCCUUCUAUGCUUCACUCUGAAAAGGAACAUCGUCGUCAUUUCGAUUUUUAUCAAUUUGCCAAAGAUCAUCAACUAGAAUUAGUAGCUUUUAAUUACUUUCUUUGUUCUGCCACACAAUAAACAAAAGUCCAAUCGUGAUUUCAGUUUUUUAUUGUUUUUCAUAUAUAUAAUAAUAAUAAAAAAAAAAUUGUUAGGGUGGAAGAAAUGAC